UGCUCUCAAGAACAACCUAGGGAUGCCAUCAUUUAAGACCAUCAAUCCAGCAGGGCCAUGCCUGGCGUACCUCUCUUACAUGGUAUUUGGGGGCAAAACUUACACUGGUGAGGUUGCAGGAAGCAAGAAAAUGGCAGAGCAACUAGUGGCCCGUGCUGCUAUUAGAUCGCUUCUUGAGACGGAUGCAGAAAGUAUGUCACACAUUAUCAAGUCCAAUAAUAAGCAUUAUCUUUAUUCACUAACCACAAAGGAAAAGGAUCAUGCUUUUUCAGAUAAGUCUAAGGGAGUAGACAGUUUAUCAAAACAACAAGAGAAGGCACCAGAAAACUCACCUCUAAAUCAAGCUAGCGUUCAGGUCUCCAAGAAUCUGCUUCAAGGCCAAACAAGCAGUAAGACUGCAACAGUUAGCUUCAAUUCUUAUGGGACAGUUGGUGGACCUAGAAAGGUACUAACUUGCAAACCUGAAAUCAACACCUGGGAGCAAAACAAGAAGGGUGAAACUGAUUAUAGAAACGUUACCGACCACAAACCUCAAAUAAACAAUUGGGUGCAGAAUGAAAUGAAAACUGCUGAUCGCAGGAAUGGUCAGAUGCACAAACCUGGACCAGGAACCACUCGACCCAGUAAUUGGGAGCAAAACAAGAAAGCUGUUGAUAUGACGAAUGGUCCAAAGCGCAAACUAGAGAGCAACAAUUGGAAUCUGAUGAAAAAGAAAAAUCUAGGAUCCUAAACUUUUAAACAGGGGUUGAUUUAACAGUUUAGAAGUUAACAUUUGCUGCACUAUAAAACUUGGUUAAGAUUGUAGUACACUGUUGCUAAGUGUAUUAACUGGCUUUAAAUUGCGCUGUCUGUAAUGACUCUCUCAUUUCCUGCACAUGAUUUCCUAUAUAUCCACAAACAGUACUCUAUAUAGUAUAUAUAUAGAGUAGU